UCCCCCUCCCUCCUGUUUCCUCCUCCCCUCCUCUCCCCCCCACAGGCGCCGUCGCCACCUCCUCCUCCAAACAACACGGCGCUUCUACAUCACCCGACAACAUGGAGGCCGUCAAAACCUUUAACAGCGAGGGUCAACAUCAGGGUAUUGAAGUGCCCCAUAUCGAACUAGUCAGUUGUACUCGCUCAAUGAUUACAAGCCUCCCAUCUCCAAGGCUAAAAUGACACAGAUCACCAAGUCUGCAAUUAAAGCCUUAAAGUUUUACAAGCAUGUUGUUCAAAGUGUUGAGAAGUUUGUACAAAAGUGUAAACCAGAAUACAAAGUUCCUGGACUGUAUGUUAUUGACUCCAUUGUUCGACAAUCUAGGCAUCAGUUUGGUCACGAUAAGGAUGUUUUUGCACCAAGGUUCAGCAAUAACAUAAUCAACACUUUUCAGAACUUAUAUCGAUGUCCUGUGGAUGAAAAGAGCAAGAUUGUUAGAGUACUGAAUCUGUGGCAGAAAAACAGUGUUUUCAAGAGUGAAAUUAUCCAGCCUCUUCUUGACAUGGCUGCUGGUAUUGCCCCACCUGUUGUCACACCUGUCUUUCCUAGUACUGCUGGAGCUUUUGGCAAUACACCCGGCACGCCAGCUACUCCAGUUACUCCCGCAAAUGCUUCUCAAAGCACGCCCGACCCAUGGCUUGCUCAGAUAACCAGUACAGACACCCUAGCCGCAGUGGCUCAAAUACUACAAAGCCCUCAGGGGCAACAGCUUCAGCACUUGGUUCAGUCUUUGCAUGUACAGCAACAAAAGCCUCAGCCAUCACUUCUCCAAGCACUAGAUGCAGGACUUGUGGUUCAGUUGCAAGCACUUACUGCUCAACUUACAGCUGCAGCUACCGCAACAAACCCUUUGGAGCACAGUGUAUCACUGAGUAAGAAACUAAUGGAUAGGUUUGAUUUUGGGGAAGACGCGGUCCAGAAUGAAGAGACAAAAAAGGAGGCAUCAUCAAUGUCUCAGGAGUCUGUGAAUAACUCUCUUUUCCAUCAAAUUGCGGAACAUUUGCAGCAUCAGCAAAAUCUUGAACAAUUCCGCCAGCAAUUUUUGGAGCAGCAACAACAACAACAACAACAACAACAACAUACUCCAAAGGUUCUCCAGGUAGCUGUUCAGGAAACCCAGGAAAUGAUGUCUGAAUCGGAAAACUCUGCUACACCAUCCCAGGAUGACAGCCAGCAAGCAUUUUUAGAGAAAGAGCUGCCUCAUCAUAAUUCACAAAAUAUACAGCAAGAGGAUAUGGAUAUUGAUGAAAUACAAGAUGUAACUGAGGAGAUGUUUGAAAAGGAAGAAAAGAAGAUUGUAAAAGAUGAAAAGCCAAGGACACGUUCCAAAUCACGAUCAAGAUCACCUAGGAAAAGACGUUCAAGAUCUCGAUCUGGAUCAAGGAAGCGCAAGCACAGAAAACGUUCUCGAUCAAAGUCGAGAGAAAGAAAACGAAAGACCUCACGCUCAUAUUCAAGUGAGAGGAGGGCUCGAGAACGUGAAAAAGAGCGCCAGAAAAAGGGUUUGCCUCCUAUUCGGUCCAAAACUCUAAGUGUGUGCAGUACUACACUCUGGGUUGGACAGGUUGACAAAAAGGCAACACAACAAGAUUUGACUAAUGUGUUUGAAGAGUUUGGACAGAUUGAAUCUAUUAAUAUGAUUCCACCUCGAGGCUGUGCCUAUGUUUGCAUGGUUCACAGACAAGAUGCAUUCAGAGCUCUUCAGAAGCUUAGUUCUGGCUCCUGUAAGAUUGGAUCGAAAAUCAUCAAGAUCGCUUGGGCAUUAAAUAAGGGUGUGAAAACAGAGUACAAGCAGUUCUGGGAUGCGGAACUUGGAGUCACAUAUAUUUCUUGGGAAAAAGUGAAACUGGAUGAUCUAGAAGAUUUCUCAGAAGGUGGAAUGAUUGAUCAAGAAACUGUUAACAAUGACUGGGCAAAUCAAAGAAACGCAGAACCUACUGUCACUAAGGAGCCUGUUUCUGCACCACCUCCCACUACUACUGUACAAAGUCCAGUUAUACCAAAACCCACAAUCAUAACAACGCAAACAGAGGCAUAUACUCAGCCAGUUGCAAUGCUCCAGAUUCCAGUUACACCAACUGUCCCUGCUAUGCCUGCUAUGCCUGCUGUUCCUGCUGUCCCUGCUGUUCCUGCUGUAAGUUUGGUACCACCUGCAUUCCCUGUCUCUAUGACGGUACCACCUCCGGGCUACACCAAUCUUCCUCCACCUCCAUUUAUGCGUGCAAGUUUCAACCCUUCACAGCCACCACCAGGUUUUAUUCCACCGCCAGUACCACCACCUGCUAUCCCUCCUCCUGCAAUUAGCUCAGCUAUUCCAACAGCACUAGUUCCACGACUGCCUAUUUCUGCAGAUCCAAUGAAAGAUGUUUCAUACAGCAGCCUGAUGUUGCCUGUUGGAGCAGUUGCAACUACAUCGGCAUCCACCACAUCUGUGUUUAACCUACCUUCAAGUACACAUAUAGAUCAGGAAAGCAAAAGACAACCUUCUAUAGAAAAUUUUACAGAAAGAUCAGCUUUAAAUGCCUCUCAAAACACAAUGGUGAGCAGUGCUGGGAUCUUGACAGUUCAGCCACAGCCCCCUGUCACAGCACCUAUUCCUCAUUUGAGCAUGCCAGGUAGAAUUGCGGGGAUGCCCUUUUUAGAUAUUCGCCAAGGAUUAUUGCCCCAACCAGCAACAGCAAGAUUUGCUUUAUUAACUCCAGCAAUGCCACCUCUACCACCAUCGAGAAGCAUGCUUCCACCAGCUUUCAUGGACCCUACUAUGCAUUCUCUUCCUUUUCCUCCAGGAGAUAUUUUUUCACGUCCUAGUAUUCCAAGUAGACUUAAUUCUGAUAACACUCCUACUCAAGAAGAAAGUGUACCUCUGCCAAGCAGUAAUAUUCAACAAGAAGGAGACCAAGAUUACCGUUUUCCUCCGUUAGAAAAUGUUGGCCCACCACCUGGAGGUGAACACAAUAAAGAAAGCAUACAAGCUGUAGCUGCCCCAGAAAAUAAAAGUGUGCUCACUGCAGAGGAAAUAGAUAUUAAUAUGCGACAUACAGUAGAUAAUCAUGAGCUGCAAGAUAUGGCUGUUGUUGAUCCUUCUGAGGGCCAGGAAAAACUUCCCGAAUGUGGUGCUGGGUACUUAUCUGUGGAAGGUUCCCAUGAAACUGAUAACAAAGCGGAUGCACAGUCUCUUGAUAUUCUUAGAGCAUCUGAUCACCUGUCUUAUGAAAGUAAGCUAAGAAAUAUCCCUGAUUCUCAUGAUAGUGAAAUGAAACCACCAUUAGAAGGUAGGCCGCCAUUUGGAAGCCCCCCAAUAGAUUUAUUACCACCAUUUGGGAGACAUCCAUUAGAUAUGCGAGAAAUGUUUAGCAGGCCACCACCAGAUGGACGUGAUCAUUUUGGUAGAGUUAUUCCAGAAGAUCACCUUGGGAGGCUUCACAUGGACAGUAAAGAUCAUUAUGGACAACCUAUACUAGAGGGCAGAAAUCAUUUUGGAAGGUUACCAAUGGAUGGGAGAGAACAUUUUGGAAGACCUCCUCCGGAUGUAAGGGAUCAUUUUGGAAGAGUACCUUUAGAUGGUGGUAGAAGGGAGCAAAUAAUGUUUCACCCAGAUAAACCAUGGGGACAUAGAGGUGAUUUUGAUGAAAGACAACACCUUCCUUUUCCUGGUUUUGGUGGCCCAAAGGGCUUUGAAGAUGAAAGACAUCGCCAUGGCAAUUACAGACAUGAGCCUGAAAAUGCGAUGGGUUGGAACCGAGGAUUUGAACCAGAGGUUAACAGAGAUUUCGAUGACCGCCGUCGCCCUUGGGAAAGAAACAGGGAUAGAGAUGAUCGAGAUUUUGCUUUUCGAAGAGAAAUAAACGGCAACCGCUUUGGAAGGGAGAGGCCGUCCAGCAAUUGGAUGCCUCCUAACUCACAAGUGUUUGAGUAUUUUUCAGAAGCCAAUGCUACUAACCAGAAAGAGGAUAAUAUGCCUCAGGUUAAUGGAGAUAUGCCAGAAACUGGCAGUCAACAACAAACUGCUAAAAAUGCAAAUGAUCCUGAACUUUGUAAACAAGAAUCAUCAGUCAAAGUAAACGAAGAGAAGGAUGCCAAGGAUGCUGAAGUAGAGAGUCAACUAUUGGUUGAAAGCACAGAAACUGAGGGAACAUAAUCAUCACUCAGUAGGUAAAGAUACCUUUUGUAAAGUUGUCAUCUCUAAGUAAUAGAUUAAUGGCUGAUUGGACCUUACUAGUUUGCUUGUUGUCAGCCAAUCUUAAAUUAAUCUAAUGUUACGGUUCACCUUUCACUUAACUGUCCAACUGACUUGUAUAGACUGCUCUUAAUCUAAACAUGAUAGGUAGAGAUUUUUUUUUAUUUUUAAAUUAGAAAUCACAAGCAUUUCCCCACGUGCUUUUAUCAUCAAUCACCUGUGAAAUGUCCAGCAAAAAGACUUCCUAUGGAAGAAUAUAAAAAAAAUGUACAGCAGAUGGUUUGAAAUUUUAGGACUGGUUGCAUUUCAGGCUGUUGAUUUUUUUUUUUUUUUAAAGUGUAGACAAAGCUGGGAUUAUUUUUAUGUACCUGUUAAUUGGCUUAAAUAAUAUUUGGCGGAUCGCAGUACUAAGAUAGAAAAGACAAGACAAUACUACAAGGUUGAGAAAUCCGCACCACAGCCCAUGUAAUAAUCCCAAAAUUAAGUAUCUGUGAUUUGUUUCUUGUACUGCAGUAGAAAAAAAUAUGUUUAAUGUUGGGUGCAUUUUGUUUUUAGAUCCUAAUAAAACAUCUGUUUGAUAACAA